AUGGUUGCGCUGGAGAACCCGGAGGGCGGCUCGGAGGCGGCGGCAGCGGCGCGGAGCCCCCCGGGCGGGCGGCGGCUACUGCCCCUGCCGGGCUGCCUCCCUGCUCCAGCUGGCUCCCAAGGGAAGAGGCUGUCAGCCUCCAAGCGAAAGCAGCACUCCAUCAACCGGGCCGUGCGGAACUUGGACCUCGUGCCCAAGGCCAAGGGGCGGAAGAGGCUCCAGCGCCUGGAGAACACGCAAGACCUCCUGAGCCUGCUGGAGGCGGAUGGGGGCGCGCCGGGGCCCGAGGACGGGGAGCUGGCGUCCCCCGCGGCACCUGGCAUCUUCGCAGAGGCCUGCAGCAACGCCACCUACGUGGAGGUCUGGAACGACUUCAUGAACCGCUCCGGGGAGGAGCAGGAGCGGGUGCUCCGCUACCUGGAGGACGAGGCCAAGAGCAAGCCGCGGAGGAGGGCGCCGGGCCGGGCGGAGGACCUGCGCCGAGACCAGCCGGCCUGCACACCCCGCGCGUGCUUCCAGCGCCGCAGCCGCCGCCUGCGGGCCGUCCUGAAGCGGAGCCGCAUCCCCGUGGAGACAUUGGAGACCUGGGAAGAGCGGCUGCUGGGGUUCUUUUCGGUGUCCCCCCAGGCGGUCUACACGGCCAUGCUGGACAGCAGCUUCGAGAGGCCCCUGCUCCACGCUGUCUGCCAGUACGUGGACCUCACCUCGGCCGGCGCCGACCCGGAGGGCAAGCGGCAGAUGAAGGUCCGCAACCGGCACCUGCAGUUCCGCGGUCCGGUGCUCCUGUCCGCCUACCUGGAGCAGCGCAGCUGA